UCCAAACACAGAAGAUCCAAACCUACCCUUCCCUCCAUUUUAGAGUAACUGGAUAACACAACACACACAACUCAGCGAAAAAAAUAAUUCAGAACUCAAUCUUCAAUGAACCUCUUCAACUGCAAAUUCAACAACACUCUCUUCACCAAUCAUCUUCCUCCACGUCACACCUCGCUCUACAACCCUCGUGCAACUCGGUCCUCCGUCCGCUUCUCAUCCGAGUCAACUCACAGAGUCAAACUCGCCGAGUCACUCCAAUCCGAGACCCUGAAGCUUCUAGAAUGGCCCGCCGUCUGUGGCCAGCUCUCCGCCUUCACUUCCACAUCCAUGGGCUUCGCUGCCGCACAAUCUGCUGUGAUUCCGGUGGGUAAAACUCCUGAAGAGAGCGGGAAACUCCUCUCUCAGACCUCCGCCGCCGUGGCAGUUCCUCGGCCGUUGGAUUUCUCCGGAAUUGAGGAUGUUUCCCCUAUUGUUAAUGCUUCCAUUGCCGGCGGAGUACUCUCAAUUCGUGAGCUUUGCUCUGUGAAACGGACCUUGGGAGCGGCGAGGCUUUUGCUCCAACAGUUGGAGGAAAUUGCUUCGCUGAAUGAUUUUUCUGACAGGUACUCUCCUCUGAAGGAAAUUCUUCACAAUUGUGAUUUUCUUGUGGAAUUGGAGCAAAAAAUAGAAUUCUGUAUUGAUUGCAGCUUUUCAGCAAUCCUUGACAGAGCUAGUGAAGAUUUGGAAAUUAUAAGGUCUGAGAGAAAACGGAACAUGGAAAAUCUAGAAUCAUUGUUGAAGCAAUUAUCAACUCAAGUUUUUCAGGGUGGGGGAUUUGACAGACCUUUAGUAACCAAGCGCCGUUCAAGAAUGUGUGUUGCUGUCAGAGCUUCCCAUAGAUCUUUGCUUCCUAAUGCCGUAAUCCUAGAUACGAGCAGUAGUGGAUCUACAUACUUCAUGGAACCUAAAGAGGCAGUUGAGUUGAACAACAUGGAAGUUAAGCUUUCCAGUUCUGAGAGGAUUGAGGAGCAAACAAUUUUGAGUUUGCUUACAUCUGAAAUAGCUGAAUCUAAUAUGAAAAUAAAACACUUAUUAGAUAGAAUAUUAGAAAUUGAUCUUGCAUUUGCAAGAGCUGCUCAUGCUCAGUGGAUAGGUGGUGCCUGUCCAGCUUUAAGUUCAAGAAAUUGUAACAAUUCCCAAUCUGAACUUUUAUCUAUAGAUGUAGAAGGGAUACGGCAUCCAUUGCUUCUUGAGUCCUCUUUGAGAAACUUGUCCACUGAUGUGUCCCCAAGGUCGCCUGAUUUGGAUCAGGGAAAUGGUGUCAUGAAUUUUAAAACAAAAUCUCGUGCACGUUUCCCUGUGCCCAUCGAUAUUAAAGUUGGUCAUGGAACAAAGGUUGUUGUCAUCUCGGGCCCUAAUACUGGAGGGAAAACGGCUUCAAUGAAGACUCUAGGACUGGCUUCUAUGAUGUUGAAAGCCGGUAUGUAUUUGCCUGCCCAAAAUCAACCACGGCUUCCAUGGUUUGAUCUCAUUCUGGCAGACAUAGGAGACCAGCAGUCUCUGGAACAAAGUCUGUCAACCUUUAGUGGGCACAUUUCACGGCUUCGUGAGAUUCUGGAAGUCGCUUCUAGAGAAUCUUUAGUUCUUAUUGAUGAAAUCGGAAGCGGGACCGAUCCUUCAGAAGGUGUAGCACUUUCAGAAAGCAUUCUGCAAUAUCUCAAGGACAGGGUUAAUUUAGCUGUUAUAACUACCCACUAUGCAGAUCUAACUCGCUUAAAAGAAAAGGACAAUAGGUUUGAAACUGCAGCAACAGAGUUUUCCUUGGAGACUCUACAGCCUACCUAUCGGAUUCUUUGGGGAAGCAAGGGAGAAUCGAAUGCCUUAAAUAUUGCAAAAUCAAUGGGCUUUGAUGAAAGAAUAAUUGACCGAGCAGUAUUAUGGGUGAACAAAUUGACACCGGACAAGCAGCAGGAGCAGAAGGGAUUACUUUAUCGUUCACUAAUUGAAGAAAGGGACAGACUAGAAUAUCAAGCAAUGGAAGUUGCUUCUCUUCAUUCAGAUAUUAUGAACAUUUAUAAUGAGAUCAACAAGGAAGCACAAGAUCUAGAGGGACGUGAAGCAGCUAUCAAAGCAAAGGAAACGCAUGAAAUCCAACAGGAAGUGAGGACUGUGAAAAAUGAGAUCCACACUAUAGUAGAGAAGUUUGAGAGCCAACUCAGAAAUGCAAGUGCUGACGAGAUUAAUCCACUUGUGAAAAAAGCUGAAUCUGCUAUUGCAUCGAUAGUUGAAGCUCAUCAGCCUAGUAAAGAUUUUCUUUUCAGAGAAAUAGGCCAGAGCCAGUACACACCUCAGGUUGGAGAACAAGUAUAUGUGAAGGCCUUUGGAAAUAAGUUAGCCACUGUAGUUGAGGAACCUGGGGAUGAUGACAGUAUCCUUGUUCAAUAUGGGAAAAUCAGAGUCCGCGUGGACAAACGUAGUAUAAGACCCAUUCCCGCUGAUGCUUCUUCCAGUGCAGCUGUCCUGAAAACCCAGGUUCAGCGGAUCAGGAGUCUUAGGGACCUUGGAGGUCUCUCUAAAGCAAGCAAAAAUCAGCAGGAUUCUUAUGGCCCUGUGCUGCAGACAUCUAAAAACACCAUAGACUUGCGUGGCCUGAGAGUGGAGGAUGCUUCGCACCAGCUCAACAUGGCUAUUGACUCAAGAGCGCCUAAUUCUGUUCUUUUUGUUAUUCAUGGGAUGGGAACUGGGGUUGUAAAAGAAUCUGCACAUAAAUUACUAAGAGAUCAUCCUCGUGUUGUUAAGUUUGAACAGGAAAGUCCUAUGAAUUAUGGCUGUACAGUUGCUUAUAUCAAAUGAAACACUUUGCAAACCCAGGUAAAAGGUAAUAUACACACUGAAUAGUGUUUUUCUGACAA